CAUCUUCAACAAACCAGUUACCACCACUCACUUUUGAGAUAACGGAAAGAUAAAAACCAAAAUAUAUACAAAAGAUAGCCUACCUUAGUGCAAAGGAGCACUGGACAAAAGCUCUAUACUUUUCUCUCUGUUUGUUCAUCCCUUUUGGGGUGGCAUUUAAUUACAAAUCCACCCCAUCUCGCAUUUGCUCAUAAAUUCAAGAAAUGGAGCGUGCACGAAAAUUGGCCAACCGGGCAAUUCUGAAACGAUUGGUUUCAGAAUUAUCGGAAUCCCCUGCAUUGUACAGGUCCACCAGGUACGUUUCCUCGUUAUCCCCGAGUGCAGUACAAGGUAACAAUAAUUUUAGGACCCAUAAUGUUUCUUCGAGAAGUAUGGCACGGUAUGUUGGGACUCGAUCCAUUUCUGUCGAGGCCCUGAAACCCAAUGACACAUUUCCUCGCCGGCAUAACUCGGCCACUCCAGAGGAGCAAACCAGAAUGGCCGAGUUUGUCGGGUACAAUAGCCUUGAUGCGCUCAUUGAUGCCACAGUGCCCAAAUCUAUUCGUAUUGAUAAAAUGAAAAUGCCUAUAUUCGAUGAGGGAUUGACUGAGGCACAAAUGAUUGAGCACAUGAAGAAUUUGGCGUCUAAGAAUAAGGUAGCAAAGUCAUAUAUUGGGAUGGGUUAUUAUAAUACUCUGGUGCCUCCCGUUAUAUUGAGGAAUAUUAUGGAGAAUCCGGGGUGGUACACGCAGUAUACUCCGUACCAGGCUGAAAUUUCACAAGGACGUCUUGAAUCUCUGCUGAAUUUUCAGACAAUGGUUACAGAUCUUACUGGACUGCCCAUGUCAAAUGCUUCUUUGCUCGACGAAGGGACUGCUGCAGCAGAGGCAAUGGCCAUGUGUAACAAUAUUCAGAAGGGCAAAAAGAAAACUUUUGUUAUUGCUAGUAACUGCCACCCCCAAACUAUUGAUAUUUGUAAGACUAGAGCUGAUGGGUUUGGGCUUAAGGUUGUCGUUUCUGAUGUAAAUGAGAUUGAUUAUAAAUCAGGGGAUGUUUGUGGCGUUCUAGUGCAAUAUCCCGGAACUGAGGGUGAGAUUUUGGAUUAUGGGGAGUUUAUUAAGAAUGCACAUGCCAAUGGAGUUAAGGUUGUCAUGGCAUCUGAUUUGUUGGCUUUGAUUAUGUUAAAAACCCCGGGUGAGUUAAAAGCAGAUAUCGUGGUUGGUUCAGCUCAGAGGUUUGGUGUCCCGAUGGGUUAUGGAGGUCCUCAUGCUGCUUUCUUGGCUACAUCCCAAGAGUAUAAGAGGAUGAUGCCAGGAAGAAUUAUUGGUGUCAGCAUUGAUGCUACAGGAAAGACUGCUCUUCGUAUGGCAAUGCAGACACGGGAGCAACAUAUUCGUAGGGACAAAGCUACAAGCAACAUUUGCACAGCUCAGGUAGCUUUAAUUUUCUCUAUUGCCUUACCAUGA